ACAAUACCAAACAUUCUUUUAGAAAAUACAAACCGGUCAAUGACAACGAACGAUUUUAUUAAAUAAUCGAAUUUACACGGAAAACGGUCACAGAUUCUUCAAUAAUGUCGGAUUCGUUGUUUGUUGACCCACAAUAUCGUAAGGCCAUUGGUACCAUAUAUCCCACCAACGUGUUUUCGAUAAACAUUGACCACUUUGGCAUCAAGUCACGAAAAAUGUACAAUGUAACUGUCGACCGAAUUUUGAGCAGACACUUACUGCAAAUUCGUAUAUCUGAUCCGAAUGAUCAAUCCAAGAUUUUCAUUUGUACAAUUGACAUGCCACUGUUUGAACAUUUAAAAGUGGAGCAAUCGUUACAUGUUUCAUUCGACGAAUUCGUUACGCAUCUAUCGAAAAUAUUGGAUGCCUGCAAGAAGGAAGAACUGAACUUGGCCAUUUCCCGAGAUCAUAAUCAGCACAACCUUCAGUUCUACGAGGAACGAUCGCUACGCAAUUUAGUCUUUCUGUACCUUCCCAUUCAGGACGCACCGCAAAGCGUCAUAAUGUUUCACAUCAAUCAAUCGAUAGACAAAUUCCAGCAACAAAACGAAUCUCUAUUGGAGCAGGUCGAUCGUUUAGAAAAUGCAUUGCAUCAUCGGGAUCAGCAAAUAGCCAAAUUGGAAGCGAACGCUGUCAGACAGGAAGAGAAUCUGAAAAAAAUGCACGAGGAAUCAAAGAUGAAGAUGGAAUCCAAAGAUGCGGUUGUGGCCAAAUUGAACGCGUCGAUUCAAGCAUUGCAGGCAAAUAAUGAAUUCAUGAGAGUGGAAACAGUUCAGAUGACUGAGAGAUUUAACAAAGAAAUCGAAAGGAAUAAAGAACUUGACGAAGAAGUGUACCGUCUGAAGGAUGUCAUAAAGGACCUGAAGAAGUCCUUAAACGAACAGUACGACAAAUUGCAGAACAAUGAGUUAAUGGCCAAAAACAGCGAUCGAAAGCACGACCACAUGCUGAAUGAAGCGCGUAAACGGACUCAAUCUCUUGAAGAAAAACUGCAACAUUUUGAGAAACAGAUCAGUGAACUGACGGUCGAAUUGGAAGCCGAACGAAAAAAUCGACAAACCAAACAAAAUGCCCUGCAAUUGACCACCGAGGAAAUUUCACGUGCCAACAGCAUCAUUGCCAUUCAAGUGAAAGAGUUGAAUCAGCUGAAGAAGAAAGUGGAAAUGCGUACGGACAUUGCAUUGCAGCAGGAAAAGGCGGUCAAGAUGCUGGAACAAGAAAAUGAAUCGCUGCGAAACAAACUCAAGGAUGUUUUCAUGAAUGCCGACAAUCAGAAAGACGUUUCGAAACGGCUUGAAGAGCUGCGUGUUGGUACGGACGAAUUGGAACAGAAAUACAGUAAAAAAAUCGCUGAACUCAACAAUCGCUUGGUGCAGGUGACCUGCGACAGUAACUUGAGUAAGACGUCAUCACGCUACUAAGACCGAAUCGAGAAUCAAAUCGAUGGCUGAAUAUUCAGUGAAUAAUGAUCUGUGAUAAAAUAAAGAUCUCGAAUUUCGA